AGCAGAAAAGGAGAUUCUUUCUCCCCAAAUAUACCACGUCUCCUCAGGGAUUGCUAUUUGAGCUCUUUUUGGCAAACUCAGUGGGUGUCCUAAUUGAGUCGACUCCUGGAGUUGCACCACCACCAUUGCCGGCGUUCUUAUUGCCUAAUUUAAAUAUAGUCGAUACUCUUCUUUUCAAUUUCCCUAUUUUUCUAGGUCUUCUAAGGAUUCUGCAGUUUUAUAUUAUUAAAUUGCGAUUGCUAUGGAAUCGGAGGAUGAUAUGCACGACGCGAGCGAAUUGACGUCGGCGGAGGAGGAAGAUGAUUAUUACAGUGGCGGCGAUGACGAUAUUGGCGAUGGAGAUGCGGAAGAAGACUACAACUAUGGGGAUGAUGAUGAUAAUACUGGUGAUUAUGACUUCAUGCCCAAUGACUCUGAUGCCGAUGAAGUUUCUGCUAGUCGCGCACAGAAUUAUACCGUCUUGAAGGAAGAAGACAUAUGGAAAAUUCAAGGGGAAGAUAUUAUGCGAAUCUCUAAUGUUCUCUCCAUUUCAAGAGAAGCAGCAUGCAUACUAUUACACUGCUAUAAAUGGAAUGUAAAUGAUGUGCAUGAACAAUGGUUUGCUGAUGAAGGACGAGUCCGUAAAUCUGUUGGUUUAUUUGAGAAGCCAGUGGUUCAAUAUUUGAAUGCUAGGGAAGUGACUUGUGGGAUCUGCUUUGACAACUACUCUCAUGAGCUGGUACGGUCUGCAGCGUGUGGCCAUCCUUUCUGUGACUCUUGCUGGAAAGGUUUGUCUACAAUUUUCUUCGCCUGUGCAAUGCUUAAAUAUGGAGCUACGCAACUACACUCUUCGACCUAUGUUUUAAAUGAAAUCAAUUUUGGCUUUAAUUAUAAUUGCUUUAUAUAACUGUAACUGUGCUAC